GGGCCAAACCUCCCGACCAUGCCUCGUGCCCCACCUGCUUCUGCGACCCCCCAGUCCAGUGCAACCUCGAAUGCCUGCAGUCGUCUUAUCUCCGCACUAGGCAUGCAGUAAAGGCUGAAAAUCUGGGUCACAGCUGAGGAAGACCUCAGACAUGGAGUCCAGGAUGUGGCCUGCUCUGCUGCUGUCCCAUGUCCUUCCUCUCUGGCCACUGCUGUUACUGCCCCUCCCACCGCCUGCUCAGGGCUCCUCCUCCUCCCCUCGAACCCCACCAGCCCCUGCCCGCCCCCCAUGUGCCCGGGGUGGCCCCUCAGCUCCACGACAUGUGUGCAUUUGGGAGCGGGCACCUCCACCAAGUCGGUCCCCUCGGGUACCAAGAUCACGUCGACAAAUUCUGCCAGGCACUGCGCCCCCUGCUACCCCAUCAGGCUUUGAGGAGGGUCCUCCCUCAUCUCAGUAUCCCUGGGCUAUUGUGUGGGGCCCCACAGUGUCGCGAGAGGAUGGGGGGGACCCCAACUCAGUCAAUCCUGGAUUUUUGCCCCUGGACUAUGGUUUUGCAGCCCCCCAUGGGCUGGCUACUCCACAUCCCAACUCAGACUCCAUGCGGGAUGAUGGAGAUGGGCUCAUCCUUGGAGAAACACCUGCUACCCUGAGGCCAUUCCUGUGGGGGCAUGGAGAAGGUGUGGACCCCCAGCUCUAUGUCACAAUCACAAUCUCCAUCAUCAUUGUUCUUGUGGCUACUGGAAUCAUCUUCAAGUUUUGCUGGGACCGCAGCCAGAAGCGGCGCAGACCUUCCGGGCAGCAAGGUGCCCUAAGGCAGGAGGAGAGCCAGCAGCCACUGACGGACCUGUCCCCAGCUGGAGUCACUGUGCUGGGGGCCUUCGGGGAUUCGCCCACCCCCACCCCUGACCAUGAGGAGCCCCGAGGGGGACCCCGGCUUGGGAUGCCCCAGCCCAAGGGGGCUCCAGCCUUCCAGUUGAACCGGAUUCCCCUGGUGAAUCUGUGAUGCCCCCCCCAUGUUGGGGUGCUGCCAAGCAGGAGGCCAAGAGGCCUGCAUAGCCGCCAUCCACUGAGGGUGGGGCAGCUGGGGCCACAGGGGCUCCGGGCUCCUGCCCUUGCACACCACCUGGAACACUCACUGGCCCCAUGGGCAAGCAUACUUGCCCACCCUCCUGCAGUUGGGGGUUUCACAUACUUGUGACUUUGGGUCCCCCAUCCCUACUCUCGCACACUCACAUGAAAGCCUUGCACAUUCACCUCCACCCUCAUAGGCCACUGCACAUACUCAUGCUCCUUAUGGCCACUCUUCUGUACCCUCUCCCCAUCCACAUAUCUUUGCUCAGCUGACUGCUCACAUUCUCCCUCUUGUUUCACAUUUUCUCUCUCCCUCCUUGGCUCAGUCACUGCUGAGUCCAUGUUUCAUGCACACCUCACCUCUCCUGAGCAUUUCUGGCCCAAUGUUGUGGCUUAGUGUUGCAUACUCACUCUCUGCUCAUGCCCACUGGUCUAGUUUUUGUGGCCCCUGCAUGCUGCCCAAGAGGUGGGUGGGAAGUGAGCUGG